AUGGCGAAGUUGGAUUUUCUUUUUCGUAUUCCCAUGGGAGAACUGCAGGUGGAAAAGCAUGUUAAGUACAUUUUAGCAGUUGAAAAGAGGAAAGAUGAUUUUGAAUCUGUGGUGAUGGAGCAUCUGAGGUUAAAUGGGGCAUACUGGGGAUUGACAACUCUUGAUAUUUUGAGAAAGCUUGAUGCUGUGGAUCAAGAUGAAGUUAUUUCAUGGGUCAUGCAGUGCCAACAUGAAGCUGGUGGAUUUGGUGGUAAUAUUGGCCAUGAUCCACAUAUGCUGUAUACACUUAGUGCAAUUCAAGUCUUGGCCCUAUUUGAUAAACUACAUGUUCUUGACGUUGAUAAGGUGUCAAGCUGUAUCCUUCAUCACUUCUUCUGGAAUCUAUCAUUGCACUGGAGUUCCUGUCCAUGGACCUCUUAG